ACAUUAUCUCUUUUUAGAGGAUGCUGAUAGUGUCAACACAGUUCCCUAUUUUGCCUCAGUGCAAAAUGAUGUCAUUGAUCCCGAUGAUAUGCCUCUAAAGCACCUAGUCCAUAAUGACGAUGCUGAUAGUGUCAACACAGUUCCCUAUUUUGCCUCAGUGCAAAAUGAUGUCAUUGAUCCCGAUGAUAUGCCUCUAAAGCACCUAGUCCAUAAUGAGGAUGCUGAUAGUGUCAACACAGUUCCCUAUUUUGCCUCAGUGCAAAAUGAUGUCAUUGAUCCCGAUGAUAUGCCUCUAAAGCACCUAGUCCAUAAUGAGGAUGCUGAUAGUGUCAACACAGUUCCCUAUUUUGCCUCAGUGCAAAAUGAUGUCAUUGAUCCCGAUGAUAUGCCUCUAAAGCACCUAGUCCAUAAUGAAAUGACAGGGAAUGAACACCACAAGAGAUGCGUGCAUACUAAUUGCAGAGAGGACAUUUUUGCUGCAUGCGUCUUAUGCAUGUCACUUUUGUGUGCAAAACACUUUAUGGAGGAUGACCACUGUGAGAAUCAUAUUGAACUUUUGAACGACCCCACCCUAGCCUUGAUUGUUGAGGCAAUACAUUCUGAAAUGCAAGUAGGAGGUGAUCACAUGGAUGCUUCUACUCCAGCUCCUAAUGGCCACAACAUGAAUGCUUCUACUCCAGCUCCUAAUGGCCACAAUAUGGAUGCUUCUACUCCAGCUCCUAAUGGCCACAACAUGGAUGCUUCUACUCCAACUCCUAAUGGCCACAACAUGGAUGCUUCUACUCCAGCUCCUAAUGGCCACAACAUGGAUGCUUCUACUCCAGCUCCUAAUGGCCACAACAUGGAUGCUUCUACUCCAGCUCCUAAUGGCCACAACAUGGAUGCUUCUACUCCAGCUCCUAAUGGACACAACAUGGAUGCUUCUACUCCAGCUCCUAAUGGACACAACAUGGAUGCUUCUACUCCAGCUCCUAAUGGCCACAACAUGAAUGCUUCUACCCCAGCUCCUAAUGGCCACAACAUGAAUGCUUCUACUCCAGCUCCUAAUGGCCACAACAUGGAUGCUUCUUAAAUGGAUGGUGGCGACAUGGAGGCUUCCAGUGCAUCAACUCCCGGCAGUGAUGGUGAUGGUUCUCGUUCAACAGUAAGUCUGUUGUAUCAUAAGGGUCCAUGCGUAAAUGCUCUCAGGUUUAUUUGACUUGCAGUUUCCAUAUAUUCUACAUGAAUGAUAUGGAAAGAAGUAAGAGGAGUCCAGAGGGGAUUGGGGCACCGAAAUCAUACUGUUGUUGUACUGUUAUUUGUUAAUCUUAUUGUGAUUUCAACAGAUUGGUGCAGAUUUCAUAGAGAUGGUUUUUUCAGGAUCUUGCCAGCGAUUUAAAGAAUUGCAAAUUCAGAAUUUGUAUCAGUUGCGGCAGUGUAUCUCUUUUGCGAGAAGGAUGAUCUUGUUGGACUUUGCAAGAGCUUAGUCAUUCCAGUGUCUAUCAUUCUUUAUAUAAGAACUUGUCUUUACAAAGUAUCCCAGAUGAGAUGCCUAAUGAAGAGUAACUUGCGUGUUAGUUUAGCAUGCAACCAUACUGUUGUUGUACUGUUAUGUGUUGAUCUUGUUGUGAUUUCAACAGAUUGGUGCAGAUUUCAUAGAGAUGGUUUUUUCAGGAUCUUGCCAGCGAUUUAAAGAAUUGCAAAUUCAGAAUUUGUAUCAGUUGCAGCAGUGUAUCUCUUUUGCGAGAAGGAUGAUCUUGUUGGACUUUGCAAGAGCUUAGUCAUUCCAGUAUAUAUCAUUCUUUUUAUAAGAACUUGUCUUCACAAAGUAUCCCAGAUGAGAUGCCUAAUGAAGAGUAACUUGCAUGUAAGUUUAGCAUGCAACCAUACUGCUGUUGUACUGUUAUGUGUUGAUCUUGUUGUGAUUUCAACAGAUCGGUGCAAAUAUUUAAUGAAAAUGCUUGAUGAAACCUUUGUAUCUCACAACAAUACUUGUUGAUAUCCUUGAAGGUUUUUUUUUCCUGCCUUGUCAUUAAAAAUAAUCAUAUAAUCCACAAAUUUCAUCUAUCUUGUCUUUUAGAGAUAUUAAUAUCAAAAACAUCUUUUACUCUGAUGGUUUUUCGAAAUGUCAAGAAAAUGUAGAAUCCUUUCAAAGAAUAAUUUUUACAGUCGACUUGUAAGUGCAUAUUGAAAAUUGCUGCUAUAUGGUUCAAUGAAUUUGACAUUCAUGUAGUAAAAUAUUCUUAUUCACUGAAAGGAAUUUCAUUAUGCUCUCUUCUCUUAUUUCACUUGAUGAAAUUUCCACUGGAAAAUCCUUGCCAUAAUAUUAUGUACAGAAGAUAUUAGAUAUUCAUAACAUACAAGAUCAUAAUACACAACUGAUAUUCUGAUAACAGAAGUACAUGUAUGUUCAUUUAUAGUUAUGCUUUUCAGGUCUGAUUAAAGUUUUGAAUAAUUUGGUCACAUGUUGAGGCCUACAACUUUUGCCAUUGCUUCUUAAAGUGAACGUGAACAUUUGUAUGAUGCUGAUAAGUAGCACAUUUCUUCAACUUCCAAAUACAGGUACAAGUGCUUAAUAUAUAUAGCAUGGAUGAAAAAUUGUCCUCACAUACUAGUCUUUGUGGUAACAACAUGAUGUUUUGUUUCUGAAUGAAUUGCCAAUGUAAGUAAGGUUCAACUAUUAUUGUAGUUCUUGCGUAUAAUAUGUAUUGUACAAGAUAUUUCCAUUUGACAAAACAUAUCUACACAACGUCUUUCUACACAGCAACGUAAGUUAUGACCCUGUAUGAUGUGAUUUAAUUGUGCAAAUCUAUUUUUCUCUCACUUGAAGUUAAAAUAGGUUAUCUAUUUCCAAAGAGUCUGGUUAAUAGAAGUGCAUUUAUCUAUAGCUUCCAGGUUACAACUCAGAAGAGAUUUACAAGUGUUCAGUUAAAUACUUGUCGAAUGUGAAGGUAAUCAUCAUCUGAAAUGCAUGAAGUGUCACUUCAAGUAAAAGGUCCCCCAUUAUUUACAAAUGCAGCAUUCAGUAGCAAUACUUGCAUUUUUAAUGAAAAUGAUACUUGCUAAUGAUCAUCUCUCAUAAUGCAUAAUUAUAACCAUUAAAAGUAGAAAUUACCUUCUGGAAAGGGAAUAUAACCGUUCAUAAAAAGUUGUGUGGUAUACUGAAAGUAUAUUUGUAUAUUGUAUGUGGACAAGAACAUACACUGUAGCAAUAACAAUAAAAAAUUAUAUGAACAGGUACAUAAUUAAUUGACAUGUUUUAUGAGCGAGUAUUAUAUGUUACAAAUGUGAAACAGUUAAGUCUGCCUGGUUGCAUUGUUUGAGCUCCUUCUAUGCCAUCGAUCAGUAGUUGUGUAUUUGUGAAUGAAUUGCUGAAAUUUUAAAAUAUUAUUAAAGCUAUUAUUAUUGAAGUGAAUAGCAGUAGAAGAGUCUUUAACAUAAAUAUAGUGGGUAACAGAAGUUUGUUGAUGAUGAUAAUCAGUAUUUAUUAGGCCUAUAUAUAUAUAUAUAUAUAUAUAUAUAUAUAUGAAUGAAUUGUUGAGAUCUGUAAAUACUAUAUAGUUGGAGUAAAUGCAGUAGAAAAUUCUAGUCAGUAAAACUACUGUGUGACUGAAAUUCUUUGCCAGUAAUAAUCAGUACUAAUGUAUUUAUUUAUGAGAGAAUUGCUCAAAUAUGUGAAUAAUAUUAUUUUGGAGUAAAAACAUGCAGCAGGAGAGACUAUAAUUAGACUAGUAUCUGUAUAUUUAAUCAGUAUUUAUAAUAUGAAUGAAUUGUUAAUAUAUUUAAAUACUAUUAAGUUGGAGAAAUGUAGUAGAAGAGUCUAGUUAAAAUUACUGUGUGACUGAAAUUCUUUGCCAGUGAUAAUCAGUACUAAUGUAUUUAUGAAUGAAUCGUUCAAAUAUGUGGACACUAUUAAUUUGGAGUAAAAACAUGCAGCAGAAGAGUCUAUAAUAAGACUAGUAACUGAAAUUCGAAUCUCAAAACUCUCAAUCUGGAACUUUAGCAGUCCAUGUAUUUUCUAAUAAGAUAGUUUUCUAGAAACUUAUACUUUGAAGACUUUCAUACAUCAUUUUCUUCUAUUCAACAAAGAUAAGCCUUUCAAACUGACUGCCAAUGAAAUGUGAUAAUAAUAAUGAUUAUUUUACAUAAUGUGUAGCCACCAAUGUCAAAUUUAUAUUAUAUCAAAGCAUAGGUGUUACUGUCAUUCUAUUUAUGGAUUAGAUACAAUGUACACGGCAUAAGUCAAAUACAUUCUGUGAUUUAUCAACAGUUUUGAAUUUUCAACAAGUUUUGAAAUAAACACUUUCACUACUUGUUUAAUACAAGAUUGUAUUGUGUUUCCAUUAUGUGUGUAAUAUAAAAUGAGUAUGAAUGAGAUUUUGCAUAGUGAGAAAAGACAAGAUUUAUUAUUAAUUUAGAGAGAAAGGAAGAAAAAAUAUGACAAAUCUAGAGAGAGAGAGAGAGAGAAGGGGGAGAGGGGGAGAGGGAGAGGGAGGGUACUGAACAAAAGACAUGUUAUUUGAUUCUACCUUUUCAUGUGGUUAAUUAUAAUAAAAGAUAGGCAAUCACGUAAUCAAUAGAAAACUGAUAAAAACAAAGGUCUAAUAUCGCGAUCAUUGAACCUUAUAAUUAUUACGUGAAAAGAAUUCAGGUAGAUCAAUAAUGAAAGAAGAACUGAGCAGUAAUAAAAGAGAAAGACUAUCAAAAUCGUUACAUUUAACGAUCUAUGACUGCAGAUUAUGAGCUUGGACACAACCCUUGUACACGCC